AUGAGUACGCCAACACCUUCUCCGCACGCAUGCAACGGCGAUGAGCUUACCCGCGACAACGCAGGUAACCCCAUCUUCUGUAACCGACCUGGGCACGUGUGCCCGUCGCUGUCGUACUGCGGUGCGGAAGAUUUCUGCUGCCCCACAGGCAUCACCACAACCGCGCCCGCCACAACCACGCGAACCACAACGAGGCGCCCGACAACAACAACACGGAGAACAACUACAACGACGAGGGUUACCAGGCCACCGACAACGAGCACCACCAGAACAACAACGAAGACAAGACCACCGACUACAACCACACCGACAAGGAGACCCACAACAACGACAAGGACAACGACAAGAACGACAACGACAAGAACGACAACGACAAGAACUACAACGACAAGAACGACAACGACAAGAACUACAACAACUACAACGACAACAACAACCACCACAACAACCACCAACAGCUUUGAUAUGACGAUGGACUCGCCGACAUUGGAUGCAGAGUUCAUUCUGGAGUAUGUGGGUGACGUUCCUGGGCUGUCCGCAGACAAUCCAAACCCGUUUCGGUUUUCAAAUGCGUUUGACACAAGCGUCGUGCUUGCACGCUUCCCCGUGUCGACGCUGGAGGAGUGUGCAGUUGCGUGUGUGGAGCGCGCAGGCUGUGACGCUGUCUUCAUGUGGGUGCGACCAACAGACCCUGCAGGAACAUUGCGGUGCCACCUUCUACCGGACGCAGGUACCGCGGGCGGGGUUCCGACAGGGACAUUCUCGCUGAGUUACAGGCGGCGCACCACCGCGCGUGACGAAUUCACGCUCGUGCACACGGGAACACAGGACGCGACGACCAGGCCCACGUGUUUCACGACGGCGUUUGAUUUCGAUGCAAUGCUCGACCGCAUCAUGUUGGAGCCGCAGGACUCUAACGUGGAGGACUGCGCACAAGCCUGCCUCGACAGGCCGGGCGCGUGUCUGGGCUUCUUUGUGUGGUUUAGAAACGCAUCGGAAACGCAGUGCAUCCUGUUGAGUGACCUGGGCAGCGACGAUGGCAGGCGAACGCGCACCGCAUCACUGAGUUUCCAGCUCAACUCGAAUUCAUGA